GUCAAAAGAACGUCUUUUAGGACGUGUUUGAUAAAGAGGAAGUUGCUUACCAGUAUCGUUUGUGUUUGAUAAAAAAUGGCAAGAUAAAUAAGUAACUUCACUUCAUUCCACUAUUCCUCUUGAAACAAACCCCCUCAUUUUCCUGCUCGCUGCUCUCCUCUGCUCGUGCACAGAUUAUCAAACACAGAAACCCAGAACUUCUUACAGUAACUUCUUUCUUCCCAGCAAAGAAGAACUUCCAAUUUCCAGAGAACAUUUACCUUCGAGUUAUCAAACAGGCCUUUAGUGAAAUUUUGGAGUCUAUUUCUUCUUUGCAGAGAAAAAAUUGAUUCCAAGAAGGAUAGAGAAACUACAGAGCAAGAGAGAGAUAGUCCGAGAAGCUUAAGAGAGAAUAGGGAAUAUGUUCAAGAAGCAGAGAUCUUCUACUCUUGCUGCUUCCUAAGAGUUAGAGAGAGAAAGAUAAUGGCGAGAAGGUUGUUCGAACGAGCGAGAAGCAUACCAUGGAGGAGUAUAGCCAGGGAGGCCUUUGACACUGUAUCCUUCUUCACAAAGUUUGCCUGUGUUGUACACAUUACUCACACUUAUGUUGGUGGAAUAGCUCUGUCAUCUGGUCCUAGCAUGCUUCCCACUCUGAGUUUAACAGGGGAUGUAGUUGUGAUCGAUCGAAUAACAACCAAUUUUGGAAAGAUCAAGCAAGGGGAUUUGGUCUUACUGAGGUCUCCUGAAAACCCUAGGAAGGUCAUUCUUAAGCGAGUAACAGGCUUGGAAGGUGACCAUAUCAGAUAUUUGUCAACUGAAAAUGGCCAUCUCGGAGAGAACAUUGUACCCAAAGGGCAUGUGUGGGUUGAAGGCGAUAAUUUAUCCACUUCAAAUGAUUCAAGGAAAUUUGGGGCUAUUCCUUAUGGCCUUCUUCAUGGGAGGAUAUUCUUCAGGGUAAAGUUGAAUUCCUUUACACCAUAUUUGUUAUUUGUACCUGGCUUCUGUCUACAUCAUACAUGAUUUAGUAUGGUAUCAUUGCUUUUGGUUUUAAAAAUAAGCAUAUGGGGCAUCUAACUGUUGUUAUUGGUUGCUCUCUUUUUGUAAAGAUCAGAAAAGCCUACCUCUACACAUUAUUCUUGGUUUUCCAAGAUGAACAGAGUGACCCACAUUUAGGAGGUCACUCUACAUUACUCUAUAAUCACAAUUCACAACCUAGACUUCUAUACAGAUCUAUGGCUUUUGGUCACUUCUUCAUGAUGUCCAUACUUUUGGUUGCCUGUUUGCAUGUGAAUACCCUUUUUUUACUGCUCCUCCAAUCACAGGAUGAUGUGUGUACCUGAGGUGAAGUAACUCCCCUGAGUUCACAUCGCUAGAUCUCAUAUCUUACAUUAGAAAUAGAUUUUUCCUUGUGGAUACCGCUUUUCACUUCUUUUGAUAGGUGUUUCACUAGAAACUAUGCAUGAUUAUAAUUCAUAGAACUCUUAGUAGCUUGAUCAGAUUUUGAACUUUCAACAACUUUUGUGCAUUUCUAAUGAGUUUUGUGGACUUUAUUAAGAUUAGAGGAGUUGCUGGUCAUUGUUUGUUGACUGCAUAAACUAUCACGUUUAUUUUUUUCAUGCUAUAUUGUCUAAGUUGAUUGUUACAUGCAUUAAGCAUCUAGACCAAGGUUUUGGAAAACGGAUCAAUGACCCGGAUCGCCCCUCUGGAUUUUCAAUCUGGUUCAAAAGAUCAGCGAUUAGAAAAAUUUUUAAAAAAAUAAAAUUAAAAAAAAUUAAGUGGGGUUGGUAUUGGGAGAAUUGGCCUGUUCUAUCAGAGAAAUGGCUAGAACUGGUUGGAACUGGCCAAAACCAGCUAUUUUAGUGAUUAAAAAAAGAAAAAAAAUGUAAAAUAUAGAUUUGCUUCCUACCGGUUUUUUGAUAGAACCAACCGGUUUUGUUAGAGAAACGGUAAGGACCUAAUGGAACCUGGCAGUUCAUGAGGGAAUUGGUGGGAUUCAGAUCGGUCUGACUGAUUCCCUGAUUCCUAAUUUGGAUUGGCCAGUUCCAAUCUGGAUCACCAAUUUUUUAAACAUUGAUCCAGACCAUAAUAUUAUGGGAAUCUCUUCACUUAUUUGCCUAAAACUUAAUUAGCAUUUAUGAUGUUUGGAGGACCUUAAAAUUCUUGCAAUCUCUUCACUUAUUUGGCAAGAACUUAUUCAUCACAUGUGAAGUUUGGAAACUUUGAUAACUGAUUCUAAAAUUCCCAACUCUUGAAGUAGAUAUGGCCCAUUGACCGCUUUGGAUUGUUGGAGUGAAGAUUUUAGCAGCCUUUUCGCAGAGGCAUAGAACAUUGGAACAUUUGUCAUUCUUCAGUCAGUUUAUAUGGGCAUAUGGUUUUUAACCUUCCUCAUGCCCCAUAUAUUUGAAAGAACUUGAGUGAGUUUCUUGGACCAAGACAAAAUGGAUGUCCGAGUUCUCCUGAGAUGCAAAGAGCAUUCAACUAUGUACCUUAUCAAUUGGAUUGUUAGAAAAGCACAGAAUCCUCAUAGGCACAUGGAUAUUUUGUAUAUGAAGCUGGCUUUAAAUCUCCUCUCUAGUCCGAAGUCUGGACUCAAAUCAUGUAAAACGAAUUUCUACAUAUAUAAUAGGAUGGAAUGGCGGAUCAAGAUUGGUGUAGCCGACCCCAAUUAUCUGGAAAGAGGUUAUGAUGAUGAUGAUGAUGAUCUUCUUCUCA